GAAGGGAAGGCAGCAGCGGGAUCUCUCCUGUGAGGAAGAGGGUAACGUGCCUGGAAAGGACGACCCCGAAGCUACUUGCGCACGGCCACAUCUCGUGCCGCGACCCAGACUCCGACAUCACUCGGCGUGCAACACAGCUCCGUGUGCGUCGUCCACACCGCCACACCUUCACCUUCACCACACCCACGUCUUCGAGAGCAUGGCGACCGAGGCGCCCCAGCCGGUAGCGGCCACCACCCAGCACGCCCCGCCGCCAGAGCCUACCGCGGAUGCAGCAGCGAAGCCGCCCGCCAAGCGGUCGUGGAGGCGGAAGUACCGCAAGAUGCGCAUCAGGUUCGACGAAGCCAUGAACCAGAGCAACGGCCUGAUCAUGGAGGAGUGGAAGGCCAUGGGCACCGCGCGCCGGUUGCAGGCGGAGAACGACCAGCUACUCGAUGCGCUGCUCGACUUCAACAACCAGCCACGCGUUUCGGCGCGUCUGCGAUUCGACUUGUCUAGCGCGAACACAGCAGUAUUGAAGGCAUCGGCUGUGGAGCCCAGUCUCAGCGCAGAACUAGCGCAGCAACGGUUACAAGAGCUGCGGGGACAGCUCAACAGCGGCGCUAUCACAGCAGACCAAUACACACAGCAAGCCGACCAGCUGCACAGUGCGCAAGCUGUCCAGCAGGUGCAGAAGUCCCUGGCCAGCCUCGAAGCCAGCGUUCCCCACACCACCCUUACAGACCAUAGCACGCUUCCUGAUGGCAUAGACCUGAGCGAACAUGCACCAGGCUACAUGUCCCCUCAGCACGAAGAAGAGUAUCUUCUCACGCUCGACCAUCUCCUCGACGACCCGUCCUUUGACCCUUCACACCAUCACACCCGCACGCUCCACCUCGGCCCUUCACAACCGCCACUGAGCGAAAAGGAACUUACCAUCCGCAACCCUGAUAGUGUCUACAGCUGGCUGCGUAAGAACCAACCCCAAGUCUUCCUCCAAGACAAGGACGCCCCACACCACGACACCAUGUCCGAGAAGGCCGCGCCCAAGGGUGGCAGCAAGAAAAGUCGCCAGUCGAACAUGGGUGGCACACCAGGGCCAAAGGAAGACCACGACGGUGAAGACUCAGCAGCACCAGGGGGCGAAGGCAAGGGAAAGAAGGGUGGAUAUGACCCAGACGACACAGCGUACCGACCCAAGGGUGGAAGCAGUAGGCCUGCAAAGCGCAAACGAGAGACUGGGGAGGGCGAGACCAAGGGUGCUCGCAAGAAGAACCGGCCCAGCGCCGCAGCAGCAGCAGCGGCGGCGGCGGCAGCAGCAGCACCCCCACCUCCAGCAGGAUAA